AUGGAGGACUAUGAGCAGGAGCUGUAUGGCGUCGAGGACGACUUCGACCAACAGUUCGAGGCCGAGCUCGAGGUGCUGGCCGAACUGGAAGGGACAUCGGCUACGUCACCCUCCAGGGGCCCCCAGCCCACUGCGCGCCUGCCACGUCUGAUGUUUGAGGAGGCCAUCGCUGGAGGGGACGCUGCCACCCAUCCCUCGGCCUCUGGCUGUCCGGGGGAGAAUGAGGGCCGUGCUAGCAAGAGACGGGUGGAUGAAAACUUCCAGAAGGACGGGCUCCUGCCCCCCACCCCUAAAGUCAAGCGGCCCAGGCUGGAGGCAGUGAAGAGGCUGAACUUUAGGCCAGAGAAAAUGGAGGAGCCACCACUUCCUGACACCCCACCAAGGGACAUCACCCCUCCACCAAGUCCUGAGGUCCCCGCUGAGCUGUGGGGUGAUGGGCUCUCGGACACUUGUGCUGAUAUGCCUCUCACAAGGGCCUCACCAGCCACCCGCAAUCCUGUCCUGAGGCGGCCCCCUGUUCUGGAGGACUACAUCAAUGUGACAUCCACAGGAGGCAUACGAGCCUUCUUGGUGCUGCGUUCAGACCCCAUGGGCACUGGGGUGGAGAGCCCACUCCUUGACAUCCGGUGGCGAGGCCGGGGCCAGCUGGACCUUCUGGGUGUGUCUUUUGCUUCAUUGAAGGAGCAGGUUGACAAUGAGCGACAGCAGUGGCUACUUGAGGAAGUCCAGCAGCUCUCAGAUCCCCUGCGCAGUAUUGGGCCAGAGGAGGAAGAGGCCAAGCCUGUAGAGGCCCCUGAGGAAGAGCCAGCUGAAGGCCAAGACAAUGUCCAACAAUGCCUCUGGGUGGAUGAGUUUGCACCCCAGCACUACACGGAGCUGCUCAGUGAUGAUUUCACCAACCGCUGCCUCCUCAAGUGGCUAAAGCUGUGGGACCUAGUAGUGUUUGGCCAUGAGAGGUCUGCCCGGAAGCCCAGGCCCAGUGCCCAGCCGGCCCGGGUCAACAAGGAGGCCACAGCCUCUGGCAAGUGGAAGAGCCAUGAGCAGGUGGUGGAGGAGAUGCUGGAGGCUGAGCUGGACUCGAGCCAGCGGCCCCGGCAGAAGGUAGCAUUGCUGUGUGGGCCCCCUGGGCUGGGCAAGACCACUCUGGCUCAUGUGAUCGCACGGCAUGCAGGGUACUCCGUAGUGGAGAUGAAUGCAAGUGAUGACCGCAGCCCUGAGGCCUUCCGCAUACACAUUGAGGCAGCCACGCAGAUGGAGUCGGUGCUGGGUGCUAGUGGGAGGCCCAACUGCCUGGUCAUCGAUGAGAUUGAUGGAGCCCCCACGGCUGCCAUCAAUGUCCUCUUGAGCGUCCUGAACUGCAGGGGUCCACAGGAGGCAGAGUCAAGGGGCCCAGCUGUACCCUUGGGUGGAGGCCGUCGGGGCCAGGCAGACAGGGCACUCCUAAUGAGGCCCAUUAUUUGCAUCUGCAACGACCAGUAUGCACCGUCUCUGCGGCAGCUGAAACAGCAGGCCUUCCUGCUCCACUUCCCACCGACACUGCCCUCCAGGCUGGUUCAGCGGCUGCAGGAGAUCUCCCUGCGGCAGGGCAUGCAGGCUGACCCAGGUGCGCUGGCGGCCCUCUGCGAGAAGGCAGACAAUGACAUCCGUGCUUGCAUCAACACCCUGCAGUUCCUGUACAGGAGGGGCCAGCGGGAGCUGAGCAUGCGGGAUGUGCAGACCACACGUGUUGGACUUAAGGACCAGCGCAAGGGGCUCUUCUCAGUGUGGCAGGAGGUGUUUCAGCUGCCUCGGGCCCAGAGGCGACUCAUGGGCCAGGGCCAGGACCUGUUUACCCACAUGCUGCUGCUCAACCAUGGGGAUGUGGGCUCCCUGACCACAGCCUCACAACGGUUCUACCAUGUUUUGCACGUUGCCACCUCUGCAGGGGAGCAUGAGAAGGUGGUCCAGGGCCUCUUUGACAAUUUCCUGCGACUGCGCCUGCGUGACUCCAGCCUCGGUACUGUGUGCUGUGCCCUCGACUGGCUGGCUUUUGACGACCUGCUGGCACAGGCCGCCCACCACAGUCAGAGCUUCCAGCUGCUGCGCUACCUGCCCUUCCUGCCUGCGGCCUUCCACGUGCUCUUUGCCUCCAGCCAUGUGGCGAGAAUCACCUUCCCCAGCAGCCAGCAGGAGGCCCAGAACCGGAUAAGUCAGACGAGGAAUUUGAUCCAGACACUGGUGUCAGGCAUGACACCAGCCACACGCAGCCGGGCUGUGCCCCAGGCUCUUGUCUUAGAUGCCCUUUGCCUGCUCCUGGACAUCCUUGCACCGAAGCUACGCCCUGUGAGCACACAGCUAUACAGUGCCCGUGAGAAGCAGCAGCUGGCCAGCCUCGUGGGCACAAUGCUUGCGUACAGCCUCACCUACCGCCAGGAGCGCACGCCUGAUGGGCAGUAUGUCUAUAAGCUGGAGCCGAAUGUAGAGGAUGUCUGCCGCUUCCCUGAGCUGCCCACCCACAAGCCCCUCACCUACCAGGCCAAGCAGCUCAUCGCUCGGGAAAUUGAGGUGGAGAAGAUGCGGCGGGCAGAGGCUGUGGCCCGGGGUGGGAACAGCCCCCAGGUGGACAGAAGCCCCCCAGGACCUGAGGGUCUGUUGGAAGGUAGUGUGGGAAAAGACCUGUGCCAACCAACUCUGCCCAAUCACAAGCAACGGUUGGAGCACAUUAUGAGAACAGCCAGGGAGGAGCAGCCUGAGAGGGACUUCUUUGGACGUGUGAUCAUCAGGAGUGUGGCAGCCCCAAGAGCAGGUGACAUGGAGAAGGAUGCAGUGGAGCGGCGCAUUGGCAUAGCAGCAGGCAGGAGCGAGGUCUGGUUCCGCUUCAAUGAGGGUGUCUCUAACGCUGUGCGGCGCAGCCUGUACAUCAGGGACCUACUGUAGCCCCAGGCCAGG